GAAAAUUAACAGACAUGGCAAUUCACGCUGGAAUUCUCUGCUUGAAAACCCAAUUUCAGUUACCCUGUCGAGUGUUCGUCAUGUCCUGGAACCAAACAGAAAAUUCAGCUCAGAAACUGAGUCGCUGAUCGUUCAAAGUUCUUGGUGAUUAGUUACCUUGUCGUACUUAAUAUGAAAUCUGUCAUUUGUAGGGCUAGGGAGAAAAUUGCAAUCAAGUGCUUGAAAAGCAGAGAAUACAGUUCAUCGGUUCCCGUUAGGUACAUUCCCAAGAAAUCUUCUCAAGUUAAAAAGUCGGAGAAUUAUCAGCAGACAAAGGUUUCUGAACAAAAGAAGUCCCGUGAAUUUCCAGAUGCGGGUGCAUUGAAGAGUGAGGUUAAACAAUGUGGAAGAGGUGUGCAGAAAAAUAGGGGCUUCGAUGAGAAGCCUCAGAAUCAAAAUCACGUUUUCUACAAGAACUACUUGUUUAAUGAUGUUGAGAAAGCAUCUCCAGAGUUGGAAGAUCAGAUUGAUCAUCUUUCGGGGGAUGUAGGCUAUGAACUCAUGGAAGAACCUGAGGAGGUUUUUGAAGAGUUAAAUACUCAUCAAGUGAAAAAAUGUUAUGAAAAGGAUGUAUUGCAUGAUGCUGAGAAAGUGGCAAUAAAAUUACUUGGAACCAGGGCUUUCACAGCAGUUGAACUGAGAAAGAAAUUACACGGAAAGAACUUUUCUCUAGAUACCGUUGAGGCAGUAAUAAAUGACUUCAUUAGCAGAGGCCUAAUCAAUGAUAGCUUGUAUGCGGAAGCAUUUUCUCGUUCUAGAUGGUCUUCCUCAAGUUGGGGACCAAGGCGGAUAAAGCAAGCACUUUUCAGCAAGGGAGUGAGUAAACUUGAUGCUGAGAAUGCAAUUAAAUUGGUUUUUGAGGAGGGAGAAUCAGAUAAUGAUCAGAAGUUAGUUCAUGGCCUGUCAAAGCUCUCAAUGGAUAAUUUACUUGUUCAGGCCUCAAAGCAGUGGCUUCGAGGUCAAGAAGUGCCUAAAGGGACAAGGAAAUCAAGGAUUGUUCGUUGGCUUCAGUAUCGUGGAUUCAGCUGGGAUGUUAUUGGCUUCGUAUUAAAGAAGUUAGAAUCUCAGUACCCACCCUAGUCCAUAACCAUCAACUGAAAUGUUGUGUAGUAUGGACAGGGUUUGGGUCUAUAACGUAACUUGCUGCUGUGGCUAGAAAAUUACUAACUUUAGCCCUUACCAGUACCAGACAUAAUGUUGCGUUUGCCUACCAUGCCACCACCUAGUUUAGGUGGGGCGAAGUCUACUUUAAUGACAACAUAGCUAGAAGACAAGCAAGAAGUGGUACCAUUUAGCUGUUUUUAAUAGGAAACACCAUUUUGUGGCUGAAAAUUGACUCUUUUGUAUUCAUGUACUGUUUAUAUUUACCUCAAUGAAAUUUGUUGUUUGUGUUGCUGUAUUUGAAAA